AAUUUUACGGCAGCAUUUCUUCCCCGAUUUCUUUUUUUUUUUGCGCGCACGGGCGUUCAGAACAUUUGGUCAGUUGUUUUGUUUUAAUGUCUGAAUAUUGUGGUGAUAAUGGUGAGAUUUUGGUGGAUGUUUAUAUUUUUUGCGAAAACGGCAUCGGCUAGCGACAACGAACUGCCUGACACGGAAAGUGGGAAAGAGACCCGUUUUCUUCCCGUUUUCGAAAAGCGUUUUGACGGAAGGCCCCUGCCUCCAUUAGGGCCCGGAGGCCUACCGCCGUUGAACACGGUUCCCUUAGCGGGGGAACGAUGUUCAGCAAGAUUAGAGUCCGCUCUGGAUCAACUGAAGAGGAGAAAAAGAAACCAAGCAAAGACCUUGGACACACCAUUGAGUCAAAGUAUAGACCUCAAUGGUUACAGUUUGCACCAGCAAAUGAGAUCCGCUCCAGUUGACAUGUAUGUAACAAGGAUGCGUGUUCGUCUUCCGCAAAACUCAAAUUGGGUUCGCGUAGAAAAAUGUUAUUACGAUCCUCGAAAUGUCUCUUUGGAUACUAUGCUUCUUUUCAACGACAUCACGAUAAGUGGUAAUGUCGACUUAUAUGACGCAAAUGAGUUAGACAGAGGUAUACCGUUAAGUCGAAGACUGAGAAGAAACUACGCAGACGGUAGACCGUAUGACCAAUAUCUCAACGCACAAUAUCCGCGAUACCAAGGAAACAAGGGCUGCAAUAUGAUUUUGAGGUUACGAAAAGCUGGCAUAGGUUUCCAUACUCAACCUUUGAAUCAGCAACCAGGAAAAUUUAAUGUGAAAACUGACUCCGAAUUUGUAGAACCAGGCUUUAUCAGUGUUUACGCUUACGGGUGUGAGAAAUAUAUCAAUAGGAAUUCUGUGAGAAAUAAGGACAACUUGCCUUUGAGAAGGAGAAGGCGUUCUGACGAGUUUACUUUCGAUCCACGGAUGGAAAGAUCUUAUCCUGAAAUAUUAGAAGGACGAUCCACGGAGAACAGAUGGGAUGUGAUAUAUGAGCCACCUAGUAGCAGAGUGAAUUACGAACGAAGUAAGCUCUUCAGACCGGAUGAUGAUUUGGACGAAGUGGAAGAUAUUUCCAGAGAAAUGGAGGAUAUAUUCACUAAAGGAAUUAGGACUCUCUUGACUACAUACAUGAAGAAAGAACUUCAACCAGCUAUCAAAGAUACUCUUAUGAGAAAUAUGGGUUAUGUGAUAUCUUAUGGAUAAUUUAGAUACCUAUAUGAAAUGUAUACUAUUUUAGUCAAAAACAGUUGUUGAAUGAUUAAAAAUUAUAUUAUGUUAAAAUGAUAAUUGCUCUAUGCAUAAUUUUAUA